CAAAAUCUUUUUUUGUCUCAGAACACUGCUGAUGAAGCAUCCCACCCUCAACAACCCCAAAAGUUGUCAAGUUAUAUGAGCGACAUUGAAAUUGAGUAUGAGCAGGAUAUGACUGAGCAAAUUUCUAUCUCCGAUCUUCCUGUCUCGAUACAAAUGAUUGGCACUGAUGACCAUGAUACACCACAAGACUCAGCACCCCAACUUGAGCCUACAGAAUCAGAGCCCAGGCCUCGCCGUUCUAGACACAGGCCUAGAGUUCAUGCUAGACAUAGGUCCUUGUUGACGCAACAAGUAGAAGAGUCCCUGGAUGAGUCACGAGCUGCAUUUGUUAGGCUUGAGGAAGCAAAGCUUGCAGCCCAAACUAAACAAAUGGAGAUAGAAAUAAAAAAGGUAGAGGCAUUGCAGCAAAUAGCACUAGCUAUAAAUAAGCUAGCAGAUGCAGUGUCGUCUACAUUUGAUCCUGCAGGCUCCUCUACACUACAGCAUGGACAUCAUACUCAAAAAAGUCCUCGAAUUUCUUCGAGUGAUGAGAGUAACCAUUAGUAGUGACUAGAAGGCGUAAUGAAAGACGGUCCACGAGCGAUUGUUGGACUGCCCUGCCUUCUGAAAGUUCCUGAUUGAUUUGAUGCCUGUUGCUGUCAGUCCUUGCU